AGGAAGGUUUCUUGCCUGCUCUCUCUGCAGAAGACUGAAAGGGGUUCAGAAGAAACUUUAGGAAGAACUUCUGAGUUGCGAUAGUUAAGCCCAACUCAGACACACAACCUAGGAAGAUGGUGGCCGUGAAGACCUGCUCUCUGCUGCUGGUGUUCCUCUUCCUGGCAGUCGGGCUGGGAGAAAAAGAAGAGGUUCAAUUCAGAUCCCAUGCUAAAUUUGGUAGCCUCCGGCCUCGAGGCCCAAGGUAUGCAGAAGGGACCUUUAUCAGCGACUACAGCAUUGCCUUGGACAAGAUCCGCCAACAAGAAUUUGUGAACUGGCUGCUGGCCCAGAAGGGGAAGAAGAAUGAAUGGAAACACAACAUCACCCAAAGAAAGGCCCGGGCUUUGGAGCUGGCAGUACAAUCUCAGGAAAAGGAGGAGACAGAGACACAACAGAGCUCCUUGCCCCAAACCCCCAGUGAUGAAGACAUGCUGAGGGACUUGAUGAUUCGAGAGCUGCUGGCCUGGAUGGUGGACCAAGUAGAGCUCUCCCAGCUCAGGUGGGGAGCAUGA